UGAAGUCGAAGGUUGUGUCCCACCAUCUGUAAACAAAGAAACAUGGCUGCACACUCAUUAGGCUCUCGACCUCGAACAGGAGAUGUUCUUCAAGCUACAGGAGAGACUCAGGAUUUUAAAACUCUGCUGUUGUCACGGCCUGUACUUGAAGGCUUGGAGGCUGCAGGAUUUACCAAACCAUCUCCAGUACAGAGCAAGGCUAUACCACUUGGGCGAUGUGGACUGGAUUUGAUAGUACAGGCCAAGUCAGGGACAGGAAAAACGUGCGUCUUCACCACGGUGGCUUUAGAUUCUCUAAUUCUGGAAAACACUGCUACUCAGAUCCUGGUUUUGGCCCCUACAAGGGAAAUUGCAGUUCAGAUCCAUUCAGUGAUUAUUACUAUAGGUAGCCGUAUGGAAGGACUGGAGUGUCAUGUCUUUAUCGGAGGGACUCCACUGCCUCAGGACAAAGCAAAGCUAAAGAAGUGCCACAUAGCUGUAGGCUCUCCUGGCCGAAUAAAGCAGUUAAUAGAAAUUGGCUACCUCAGCACAGGCAGCAUUCGUCUUUUUAUUCUUGAUGAAGCAGAUAAACUUCUAGAAGAAGGGAGCUUCCAGGAACAAAUUAACUGGAUUUAUUCAUCUCUUCCGGCUAACAAGCAGAUGCUGGCAGUUUCAGCCACAUACCCACAAUCCCUAGCAAGAGCACUGACCACAUACAUGCGAGAGCCAGUGUUUGUCAGAUUGAAUACAACUGACCCUGGUCUUAUUGGGUUAAAGCAAUUUUAUAAAGUGGUAAAUUCACACCCACUUCCACACAAGACUUUUGAGGAGAAAGUACAACAUUUGCAAGAACUAUUCAGCAGAGUUCCAUUUAACCAAGCUUUAGUGUUCUCUAAUCUUCAUAGCAGAGCUCAACAUUUGGCAGACAUUCUUACAGCCAAGGGUUUCCCAGCUAUAUGUAUAUCAGGAAGUAUGAACCAAAACCAGAGACUUGAUGCAAUGUCCAAACUUAAGCAGUAUCACUGCCGUGUUCUUAUUUCAACCGAUCUUACUUCACGUGGUAUCGAUGCAGAGAAGGUGAAUUUGGUUGUAAACUUGGAUGUGCCACAUGACUGGGAGACGUACAUGCAUCGGAUUGGCAGAGCUGGCAGAUUUGGUACUUAUGGUCUGUCUGUUUCCUAUUGUUGUCGAGGAGAAGAAGAAAAUCUAAUGAUGGCAAUCGCUCAAAAGUGCAAUCUUCACCUGCAUCCUCUUCCUGAUCCAAUUCCAGAUGGAUUGAUGGAGGAGGCCUGUGACUGGGAUAUUGAAGUUACUCCAUUGAAGGACACAUCUGAUCAUUUAACUGCAAAAUGUAUACCUUCUCAAGCUAAACAAGAUGAUAUGGUAAAAAGUCAUCCUUAUCCAGAACACUCCAUGAACAGAACAGUUUCAAAAGCUGUUAAGUGUAAGCCUAAAAAGGCUGUCAAAAAGAAGACUACAGAGGGAGCCAGCUUAGAAGGGCUAUCAAAUUUAGAUACUUCUGGUUUACAGAAGAAACCGAAAGAUACCUGUAAGCCUACAGAAACGGUGGAGAACAUGGGGAUUGACAAUGGAGUACAGGACAUUCUUGAAAGUUCUCUACCACAAAUUCCAAGCUUAUCCUCUUUCAAGCGUCCUGUUGUUUGCACGUCAUCAUUUGCUGAGCUUGUUGAAGACUAUGAGCAGUUUAUUAAAGAAGGACUUGAAAAACACGUAGAAAUUAUACGCGUGUACACGGGUAGUGGAAGCCAUACAAACAGUCAAACCACCGAAACCCUGGAAGAAGAAAGUAAUGUAGUCAUGCUUUCAGAUAGGGCUGGUACCUUAGAAAUACAUGAGUUUAGUGGGAAUACAGAUGCGAUGACUGAAAGUAGUUCAUACAGUUCUUUGUCAGGAAGUGAUAGUGAAGCAUCUACUCGUUCAGAUGGGAAUCUGAGGUCUAUGGAACUUUCAAGUUCUUGCCCAGAUCUCUGCACUGAAAGGACAGAUGAAGCUGACGUUGGCCAAUUAAAUGUAAAAGGUUUCAAUGCAUCCCUAGAGGAGGUGCAUCAGUCAAGCUUAGUCAAAGCUAAAACUGAUUAUGUUGAGGAGCCAGUUUUCAGCAAUGUAAUAAAGCCUAGAAAACGAAGCAAAAAAGUAACUCCUAUUUCCAGUAGAGAGCUUUGCCAGGAAACUCGGGAUGAUAUGUACCAAUUGGACUAUGGAAAUCCAUCUGGGUUUCCUUAUGGCACAAUGAGGUAUGCUGAUUAUUGGCGAUCAUAUUAUCAUGCAUGGCAAACCUACAACUCUGCCAUUUCUAGUUCCUAUUACAGAAAAAUGUACAAAUGCUCCAACUGGAUGUCUGCAUAUCACAUGCACUCUGUCUACCUUCAUGAAAUGCUCAAGCCGUGAUUAGUUUCCUUAUUGCCACAGUAAAAAAGCCAUUUUUAUAAUGGACUGGUUUAUUUUUCUU